ACCCCCAAAUGUUUAUUUCCUGAUGAUGAAAUCUCAGGCUGGCCAUCCUCAUCACGAUGAAGGAUCCGGUUAUAACGUGACAGGAUCCAGCUGAACCCAAACCGAGCAGCAGGGCAACAGUGAACUUACGAUCAGGCUGUGAUACACACGGGUGACGCCGCGCUGUUGUAGUCGCAUCGACUGGCGUGGGAUCGGUCCCUGCUGCGUCUCAUCUGGAAUAACGUGGGGAAAAUCCAGACAUUUCAUUAGGGAGUGUUUUUGAAGGAAGCCAGCAGCGUUGAGAAUAAUCCCUUUCGGGCAAACGUUUCCAACGGAAGGGGGUUUUCUGUACUUUGCAGAAGCCAGAGCAGCUUUAUUCCGAUAGAGAAUCUUCAGUUAUAGGCUGUAAUAAGGAAUCAUGGGAAAGCAGAACAGCAAGCUGACUCCUGAGGUUAUGGAGGAUCUGGUGAAGAACACAGAGUUUAAUGAACAUGAGCUGAAGCAGUGGUAUAAAGGCUUCUUGAAAGACUGCCCCAGUGGCAGGCUGAAUCUGGAGGAGUUCCAGCAGCUCUAUGUCAAGUUCUUCCCUUAUGGCGAUGCAUCAAAAUUUGCACAGCACGCCUUCAGAACCUUUGACAAAAACGGGGACGGGACCAUCGAUUUCCGAGAGUUCAUCUGCGCUCUGUCCAUCACAUCCCGCGGCAGCUUUGAGCAAAAACUCAACUGGGCAUUCAACAUGUAUGACCUGGAUGGUGACGGCAAAAUCACCAGAGUGGAGAUGCUGGAGAUAAUCGAGGCGAUCUACAAGAUGGUGGGCACUGUGAUCAUGAUGAAGAUGAACGAGGAUGGUCUGACACCACAGCAGAGGGUGGACAAGAUCUUCAGCAAAAUGGAUAAGAACAACGACGACCAGAUCUCGUUGGAGGAGUUCAAAGAGGCUGCGAAGAGCGACCCGUCCAUCGUGCUCCUGUUGCAGUGUGACAUGCAGAAGUGAGGCGUCCCUGCUCGCUCCUCUCCCCAUCUGUAAUCCACACACUCUGGACAGCAGCACAUGUUUUAAUGUCUCAUUAGGUUCUCUGCCGUUUCCACAGGAAAAAAAAAAAAAAACAACUAAUGCUUGGACUCUUUUUUCAAUGGACUUGCUUCUCGUGGUGUAUGCAUGAGAAUGUCAAAUGCUGAAUAAUUUUGACUAUUGCUAUAAGAUACAAUUUUUAUUUCAAAAUAUGCCAAUGUAUUUUGUGCACAGUAACCCUAUACAUUCUCAUUCAACCUUAGCUUGUAUAUCAGUGGAGCACUGCAUUAAAUUAUGUUCCUGCAGUAUUUAGGAUCCCAAGUGUUCACUGCUGCAAAUACUGUACGCUUUAUAUAAUAGUAACAAAACAAUAAUUCCUAUGAUAAUUGUAACUGUCUCUACUAUCCAGACUGGUUGAGCUCUUGGAGAAUAGAGAGGCUCCUGUCUGUUCCAGAUGUUGUCACAUGAUGGAAUCAAGAAGAGUAGGUUCUUUGCAUGCAUAUAUUAUGUGUCAGAAAAAUAUAAUCUCUUACCUUUUGCAUCUUUAGGUGGCUAUAAAAGAGAAACCCUCCAAAAUUCAUUUAGUAUUGUUGCAUGGGAUGUACAGUAAUGUUACUCAUCAGACCAUUAGUUCACCUCUAGUAAUGUGGGAGCAUGCUUCCCUCCAUUUGAUACACAUAUGUAUGACACUUCUUGAAAGAUAUUUGGGUUGCAGAUGUGGGCUAACCGCUCAGGAAGAGCCUUCACAUAAACACCGCAUCAUGUUUUGCUUCUGGGAUGAGCAAAAUUAUGUUUACUGAGCGCCAUUUGCUUUAUGAUUUUAAUGUACUGCUGCUGCUUCUAGAGGAAAUUAUAGCUCACAAAAUUACUCCUCACAGUGAUCCACAAUUGGCUAAUUUUUCAGGCUGCUUAUUCAAUUAGACUUCAAUCACUUUUCUCAGUACAUGUUUACAGAAAUGAAGAGCACUAUAAAAUGAGUUUCGGCUUUUGACCCUGAUGCUGGGAGCUCACUCUCUGGGCCAGGGACCUUCUGAGAGGGGCUCCACUUCCAAAGCAGCAAAAAAGGGAAAAAUAAAAGCCUCAUAUACGUUUACUGGACACACCACAUUCCUAGAACCUUUUUGUAAGGAACAUCUUUUUAUUGAGAAGUCUCAUCUCUUUUAAUCUGUUCAAGCUGUUUGCAGUGAUCAUUAAAAAAUCCAGGACCCUCAAUCAAAGAGGUGCUUGAUAAUGGUUUUGAAAGAACGUUUCAGGGUGAGACGGCAACCCCACGACGACGUACUGUAGGUUAAAGUUACUGUGGAAAUCGUCUUUCGACAGUUUUGCUUCCCCAUUUCUAGGCUAUGCAAGCACGGACUGAGUGUCUGCUUGUAGUCCACUUACAGUAGUGGAGGUUGCGGAAGCUUUUCACUGUUGUCUAUAACAUAAGUGAACCAACCCUCACAUUAUUAAUGUCUAUAUUAUUUAUACAUUUCAGUCCUGUCACCAUGUCAGAUUCUGUCUAGUAAAUAUUUAUAUCUGAUCAUCA